GGGGCGGAAGGAAUAUCUCCAACUAAGACGGAACGAAAGAUGGCGACGGAAACGCUGCUGUCCAGGCUGCUGGGAUUGCUAUUGCUGGGGCUCCUGUUACCUGCGCAUCUGACGGGGGGUGUCGGGAGCCUGAAUUUGGAGGAGCUGAGUGAGAUGCGUUAUGGGAUCCAGAUCCUGCCGUUGCCUGUCAUGGGAGGGCAGAGCCAAGCUUCAGACGUAGUGAUUGUGUCUUCGAAGUAUAAACAGCGCUAUGAGUGCCGCCUACCAGCCGGAGCUAUUCACUUCCAGCGCGAGCGGGAGGAAGAGGCACCUGCUUACCAAGGGCCCGGGAUUCCCGAAUUGUUGAGCCCCAUGAGAGAUGCUCCCUGUCUGUUGAAGACCAAGGACUGGUGGACGUAUGAAUUCUGUUAUGGACGUCAUAUCCAACAGUACCAUAUGGAAGACUCAGAGGUCAAAGGUGACGUCCUCUAUCUCGGCUACUACCAGUCAGCCUUCAACUGGGAUGAUGAAACCGCCAAGGCCUCCAAGCAGCAUCGGCUAAAGCGCUACCACAGCCAGACCUACAGCAACGGGUCCAAAUGUGAUCUCAACGGGAGGCCCCGAGAAGCCGAAGUUCGGUUCCUUUGUGAUGAAGGCGCGGGUAUAUCUGGGGACUACAUCGAUCGCGUGGAUGAGCCCUUGUCCUGCUCCUAUGUCCUGACCGUUCGGACCUCGCGGCUCUGCCCCCACCCUCUCCUUCGGCCCCCAGCCAGCGCUGCUCCACAGGCCAUUCUUUGUCACCCAGCCCUGCAGCCCGAGGAGUACAGGGCCUACCUCCAGAGGCAAGCUGAGUCAAAACAACUUGAAGAGAAAAUCACAGAGGAGGUUCAAGACACAGACCACCAAGUUGGGAGUGAGACCAAGUCUGCUGGAGUAGCCCCAAAGAUGGAAGAGGUCAGCCCAGCCAAGGAAGAUAAGGAGUCAGAGCUUUGGAAAAUGCUACAUGAGCCGGAGGAGCAGGCAGCAGGAGGAGAGGAGGCACAGGCAGGGGAGCAAGACUUGAACCCUGAGGCUGCAGCAGAUCCAGCUCCCAACCCUCGCGAUGAUUUUCAGAACAACGUGCAGGUCAAAGUCAUUCGGAGCCCUGCAGACCUGAUUCGCUUGAUAGAGGAACUGAAAGGUGGCGCAAAGAAGGAGAAGUCAAGCACAGAGCAGCAGCAUCCCGGAGAUGAUACCACGGGGGCCCCUCCGGGGGAAGCGGAGCUGAAGGAAAAGGGUGAGGGACCUCAGGCUGUUGUGGAAGACGAGGACAAUGAAGAAGAGGAGGAAGAGGAGGAGGAAGAUGAGGAGGAGCGGCAGCUAUUGGGAGAAUUCGAGAAGGAGCUGGAAGGGAUGCUGCUUCCCUCAGACCGAGAGCGGCUCCGCUCGGAGGUUAAGGCUGGCAUGGAGCGGGAGCUGGAAAACAUUAUCCAGGAGACAGAGAAGGAACUAGACCCAGAUGGGCUGAGGAAGGAGUCAGAACGUGAACAGGCAAUAUUGGCUCUGACAUCCACUCUCGACAAGCUUAUCAAGAGGCUGCAGGAAAACCAGAGUCCGGAUCUGGUUCAGAAGCACAAGAAAAAGAGAGUGGUCCCUCAGAAGCCUCCCCCGUCACGGCCUCCUACAGAGGAGGAGCCUGAGCACAGAGUCCGGGUUCGAGUCACCAAGCUCCGUCAUGGAGGCCCGAAUCGGGAUCUGACUGUCCUGGAGAUGAAACGGGAAAACCCACAGCUGAGACAGAUCGAGGGGCUGGUGGAAGAAGUGCUGGAGAGGGAGGGGCUCGCCGCCCAAGGCAAGAUUGAAAUCAAAAUCGUGCGACCUGGGGCUGAAGGUAAUGAGGAGGACACACGUUGGCUGACUGAUGAAGACACAAAAAACCUUAAGGAGAUCUUCUUCAAUAUCUUGGUGCAGGGAGCUGAAGAGGCCAGUAAGGAACGGCAACGUCAGAAAGAGCUGGAGAGCAAUUACCGCCGGGUGUGGGGCUCUCCAGGUGGUGAGGACACUGGGGACCUGGAUGAGUUUGACUUCUGAAACCAGCAUUGCCGGUCCUUCCAAGGAUUCCAGAAUCUUCCUGACUGGCUCUGCCUCCUCAUCUCCCACCUUGGGGCCCCGGAGGCAAAAGGUCAGGUUGAAGCCAAGCUCUGGACUUGAGGGUCCCAGCCCAGAAGGUGUGUGUGGGCCCCAUGAGGAAGAGCUGUUCCAGCUCCAGGGAGCCUCAGCCAGGCCUAUGGGCUCCACUCCCCAAACAUGCCUUUCUUUGCCCCUUUGAGUUUCCCUGCCCCUGAUUUCUUAGCGCGUACCCCAUUUUACCCAGAGACAUGGUAAGAUCUUGUGAGUGGGACAUGAUGGGAAAAGCAGGCGAGCUGGACAGACUUCAAGAAAGCAGACCCCACCCCCACCCCACCUUGAUGCCCUGUUGCUGUUGAGAGCUGCUUGCCCCUCCCUCGGUCUUCCUCCUUCCUGUUCCUGCUGUCCUGUUGUCUGUGAUUCUGAGUCAGAAGCCCUCACCUCUGUCGCUGAGGGAAUAGGAGACCUUACACAUCACCUCACACACAAUCCCAGCAAGUGGGUUGGAUAUGGAGCCACCCGCCAUGUUCUUCAGGUUUCUAAAUAAAGAACUGGACCAUCA